AAGUAUUAAUCACGAAUAGAAUUGUUUACAAAAUGAAACUCAUUUUGUUGUUAUCCCUUUGCUUAGUUAUUGUAGUGCUUUUCCUGGCAGCUACACCUCAAGCAAAUGCAGCACCAGCAACGGACACUGAGGAAGUGGUAGAAGAAAAUGUUAGCGAGGAUUCACUGCCGGAGCGUCCUCGUCCAGACGUUGAACCAUUGAGGCCAUUUAGACCUUUUCUGCCGUUCAGACCCUUUCCUUUUAAUCCUUUUAACUUCACUGGAAAUCCUUUUAGGCCACUACCGUUUAUCUUUCCUCCACGAAACUUAACGGGUCGUCCCUUCCUAAAUUUUUCUAAUUCCUUCAAGUCCGAUGUAAACAGCACUCAAUCACAACCAACAAAAUGCAAAAACCAUUUUUUUCCUGUUAUUCCUGAUGACUUUGAUGACGACGAUAGCGCACCAGUCAAGGAUGAAGAUGUUAAAGAACGGCUGAAUCGAGAACCACGUGGCCUAGAUUAAAAGCCUUUUCCAUCAGCUUCUUCCAAUAAAGUUUUGUUUCAAAUGGUUGAAAUUAAUUAAUACACAUGCAUCUCCAAUAUUUUUCUUUGAAAUCGUUGAAUAUUAAUAUUAUAUACAUAUAUAUGUAAGUAAGAAAAUGAAAUAAAUAAAUUGCAAAACUAAAA